GUGUCUCAGCUGCACGAGGACAGCGCCGAUCUCUCACGACAUUUGCAUCGGUUGCUGGCAGAACAGGCGCAGCACGCCCUGACCUCCGACGGCUUCUUUCUGUACGCCAUCGGACCGGUCGUGACCACCAUUGCGUCCCAGGUAGGGGUGUUAUUCAAUGAGCUGCUGCCAGGGCGCGUCAUCACGGUGCACUACAGUAGUGACUACGGCAUCUGGCACGAGAAGCGCCCGCCGGGACGGAUCUAUCGUUUUCGAACGUACCCGACGGAAUUCGAGCUGAUGAGCAUGGUGCGUGACGCGCGUCGUCAUGCCCACGAUGUUGGCCUCGACGUUGACGAGCCGCCGUGCUUCACGCGGGGGGCCGAGUCCCUGGGCGGCGCCGUCACUGUGAAUUUCGGCGAGGCGGACGCGGAGGGUCCCGACGCUGCUAACAUCAGCGGCACCGACACCGUGCCCCGCGGUGGUGCCGGCGCCAGGAGGCUGAGCGCUUCAGAGGCGCCCCCGCUGGGCAUGGUUUGGGUCAUCACCAAAACCGUGCCCCCCGAGUGCCAGCAUGGUGACGAGGUGACGCCAGCCGCGGGUGACUUGAUCUGGGGUGAGAGCAGUCUUCGCAGCAAGGCUUGUGUUUUCAUCGCGCCGAUCGAGACGUUGCCCACGCCAGUCACGGAUGCCGUCCGCGGCGAGGACGGCGACGACGACGCGCGGCUGCUGAGUGCUCUCACACGGAACCGAGAGGGACGGCGCCUCCGAGAUUUUCACGACGCAGUCGACCAGAUGCGCCAGGAGGUGCUGGGCGUUUUCAGGUGGAUGCUCGAAAGCGGCUGCACAGGGCAUUCAGGGGCCGCGCUCAUUUACGACUUCCUCGGCUGCGCGAGCGAGGUCGCCCCAGCGCACGAUCAGGUGAACGGCUCGAGCCAUGCCCGCCUGGAGGUCGUCGCCCGCACUUACCAGCUCAUCGAGGAGACGAUGGGCAGCAUGAAAAUCGAGGGCGUCGUGUGCACGUCAAGCGCCGCUGAGUGCGCCGCGGAGCAGCUCGCCGAGGAGACCGAGAUCCAGAAGCAGAGGCGGAAGGCGCGCGAGGAAAAGAGCGCCUCCGCCGGCGCGCCCGCCGCGGCGCCGACGGACUGGGGCCGGGCGCUCUGCUUCGCGCAGAAGGCCCACGAGCGGGCGCCGGGCCAGCGCGACGCCCUCAGGCGGCCGGCCCCCUGGGCCCUGGCGACAGCGGGGCUGGCGGCGCGCGGCGAGGCCGACGCCGCCGCGUCUAUUUCCAUGCUGGGAGGGCAGCUGCAUCGGCCGCGGGCGACCAGUCGCGACAUCGAGCACGUCAUCGGCCACUGCGCCUUCGCGGCGCCCUGCCGCUGCGAGAGCCUCAGCAGUUUCAGCGCCGCCAAAGGCCGCGCGCAGCAGGGCGACCCGCGGGCCCGGCCCCUGCGGGGCUCGGCGCGGAGGGGGCUUGAGAUCUGCCGCGGUUUGCUGAUCGCGUUCUCUGGCGACCUCGACGCCGAGUGGUCCCGCGGCGUCGUCGUGGCCGACGCCAGCGAGUCGGGGCGCGCCUCGGCGGUCGCCGACUGGGGCGCCGCCGACGUCGUCGCCGUCGGCCGUCGGCACGAGAGAAAACGAUUCUGCCGUGCCCGCGAGGAGGGCGGCCGCCAGCGGCCGCAUGAUCGCGCAUCCCGAGCGGCCGAGGCCGCCCUGCUCGAGGUCUUCAAGAUUGCGCUGCACUCGGAGCGGGCUGGCGCCAAGUUGCCGCGCAGGCAAGGGCAGCAGCUGCGACGACGCCGGCGCGGCACGCAGACCGCCUCGGGCGGCGGCGACGAAGCUGGCAGAGGCGGCUGCGGUGGGCAAGCGGAGUCGGUGGCAGUGCGCCAGCCUGACGGGGCAGUCAUUGGCAUCGAGUCGGUUUGGCACGCCAGCGGUGGCGACGCCGCUGCUGGAUGCCGCGCUGGCGAGGUUCUACGACCGCCUCUACCUGGACAGGGAGGCGCGUCGAAGGGCGAGAAGCUGCUCGCUGCCAUCGCGAUGCGCGUGCCCAGCUACCAGAGCAAGGGCAGGCCGGCCCUGCCCCGCGCCGGCAUGCCGCGGCCGUCUCGAACGCGACGCACUCUGCCUUGGGCAGCCUGCGUGGGCGUGGCCGGGCGGUUGCGGCGGCUGAGCGACAAGGUCGAGCUCGCGGUGUUCUGGCUGAUGCGGGCGGGCAACUACCCCAGGCUUGGCAAGGCCUUCUGGCUGACCAAGGGCCGGGUCUUUCCCAUUCAGGCCGUGGACGUCGCGGGCCUGUGGCUGGCCAUGCUGAGCGUGCAGUUGGCUGCGGGGCCGCCGUCCGACCAGUUGUGGACCUGCUCGACGCCCGAGGCGAAGCAGACCUUCGACAAGGCGGCGGCCUCCCUCGACUUCAGAGCGCUGCAGCCCGCGCUCUACGCGGCCCGGCGCAGCGGCGCUUCGAUCGACAGGCACGCGGGGAGGAUCUCGCUGCAGGAGGUCAAGCGGCGCGGCCGCUGGCGGCAGCCAGCCCCGGUGCGCCGGCACGAGAAGCGCGGGCUGAUUCAGACCGCGCGGAGCGGGAUGAACGAGCGAGCGCGGGAAUACAGCUUGCAGGCCGAAGCCGAGCUGCCCGCGCUGCUUGCCGCCGCCGCGUGGGGCGUGGGUUCCACGACGGACAAGUUGGAGGAGGCCUUCCGCGCCGCGAAGAGGGGGGCAGGAUCGGAGGCCACGCCGUCCGCCCCUGAGGCGAAGCAGCAGCUGCGACAGAUGGGCAAGGUCGAGGUGGCGUCCGGGUGCUGUAAGCUCGGCGUCUCCCGCAGCUGCCUUGGCCACCCCCGCGCAGGCCUCGUGUGCGAAUCCAUGCAGGCUUUCGACGUGGGGAAGGAGCACGGCAGGGCAGGCACUGUCGUCUCCACGGAGCUCCCGGGCAAGAAGGCCAAGGACAGGGGCGAAGCCAAGGGCAAGAAGCUCGUCGGUUCGGUGGUCGAGGUUCACGCCAACCCAGGCGUCAAGCGGGUCGAGGUCAUGGUUGUGCCGCUGGACCCCCCUCUGGUCGACUUGGAGGCGACGGCUUGCGAGAUCCUCGAGCUGGAGGAAAAGCCCGACACCGCCAAAGCAGCCAACACGAAGGCCGCUGAAGCUACUGUUAUGGCUGGGUUGGUCCGCACUGGGCAACUGCUCAAAGAGGACGCUACGGAGCACGCGAUCCA